CGUUAGCGUGAAUUUAUAGAUGGGAGAGAAGCGAAGUAGCUAACAAUUUGUCACAGUGACGGAACACAAUAGAGAGGGUUAACUAGACAGGUAAAGGAAGAAAGGGGGUCUUACAUAGUAAAGGAAAUCUGAUCUGUACCCUUCCGGAAUGUACCGUUUAAAAUCACUGCCUGGCUUCACUGUAGGAGUCUGUCACUUUCGAGCUGUCAAUAGUUUGGGUAAACCCAACAGCCUUAUGCACUGGCUGUUGAAAUGGCAACAUCGCCCUGGAUGGCGGGCGACGAGCAACGUCAGUGGUUAUGACAGCACCCCUCUCCUCAACCCUACCGAGUCCGAGGUCAAAAGAGAGCAAGAGGACGAGGAUACACAGAAAGAACCGAGGAAGCACAAACCGGGCUUGAUGCCAGGACUGGAGGAUAUGCUUUUCUACACAAUCACCGAGGGACAAGAGCAGAUUCCGGUCCCCAAGUUUAUCAGUGCAUUGAAAUCAACAGGACUAUUGACCUCCGACCCCCGGCUGAAAUGCUGCAUGGACCUCUUACGUCAGACAGUUCAGAGUUCCUCAAGUAGCGUCUCGCUGGACAGACACCUCUUCAAAAAAUUUUUUGGGAGUAAUAUUGUUCUACUGACCCAGGCCUUCAGGAAAAAAUUUGUCAUUCCCGACUUUGAGCUAUUUUCCUCACAUAUCAAUCGGCUUUAUGAGAAUGCAAGAAUGAAGACUGGUGGCAAGGUUGCUGAUUACAUCCCACAGCUCACCAAAUUCAGUCCCGAUCUCUGGGGGGUUUCUCUCUGUACAGUGGAUGGACAGAGACACUCCAUUGGAGAUACCAAAAUUCCCUUCUGCUUACAAUCUUGCAUCAAGCCAUUGGAGUAUGCUAUUGCUGUUAAUGAGUUUAGCACUGACUAUGUUCACCAGUAUGUGGGCAAAGAACCCAGCGGACUACGGUUCAAUAAAGUCUUUUUGAACGAAGAAGAUAAGCCCCAUAAUCCCAUGGUAAAUGCAGGUGCAAUCGUUAUUACCUCACUUAUUAAGAAAUUGCUGGGCAGUCAAGAACCAGUCUUGCCUGGUGCAAACAAAGCAGAGAAGUUUGACUGUGUUAUGCACUUCCUUAAUAAGAUGGCUGGUAAUGAAUACGUGGGCUUCAGCAAUGCGACGUUUCAGUCAGAGAAGGAGACAGGAGACAGGAAUUUUGCUAUUGGGUACUACUUGAAGGAGAAGAAGUGCUUUCCAGAAGGCGUUGAUAUGAUAGCAACAUUGGAUUUUUAUUUCCAGCUCUGCUCGAUCGAAGUGACAUGUGAAUCAGGCGGUGUGAUGGCGGCUACCUUGGCCAACGGGGGGAUUUGCCCGAUUACAGGCGAGCGGAUCCUGAGUGCUGAGGCGGUGAGGAACACCCUCAGCCUCAUGCACUCGUGCGGGAUGUAUGAUUUCUCAGGCGAAUUUGCUUUUCACGUUGGCCUUCCAGCAAAAUCUGGUGUUUCUGGUGGUGUUCUGCUGGUGGUGCCCAAUGUGAUGGGUGUCAUGUGCUGGUCUCCUGCUUUAGACAAAGUCGGCAACAGUGUGAGAGGUAUCGAUUUCUGUCAGGAACUAGUUUCCCUCUUCAACUUUCAUAACUAUGAUAACUUGAGGCAUUUUGCCAAGAAACUGGAUCCAAGGCGAAAUGGAAGUGAAGCCAGGGAGGAAUCAGUGGUGAACUUGUUAUUUGCUGCUUACAGUGGCGACAUAGCUGCACUGCGAAGAUUUGCACUAUCUGCUAUGGACAUGGAACAGAAAGAUUAUGAUUCCCGUACACCCUUACACAUAGCGGCCGCUGAAGGUCACGUGGAAGUAGUUUGCUUUCUUCUCGAUGCAUGUCGUGUAAAUCCAUUCUGCAAGGACAGGUGGGGCAACACUCCUCUUGAUGACGCAAUUCAUUUCAAUCAUCAGCAAGUUGUAAACCUGCUAAGGAACUAUCAGAUGUCAUACCCAUUACCUGAGAAACCGGGCUGUGAACAGGAUACAUCUGAUGAAAAUGCAAAGGAGAUUAGUGAAGGAACCGAACCAUCACCUGCUCCUCUGGUUAGAAAAGCCUGAAAGUCAGCCCUGGUGCCUGUGUCAUGUCUGUGAUGUAUUGUGUAGUUGUGAAAUGGCAGUGUCUAAUAGAACAAUCAUGUUUCCAAAGGCCAGUUCGACUCAUUACAGCCAAAUCUAAGCCCACUCUUUGUAGAUUUCUUCAUGUUUUGGAUGGUUGGCUCCAUCAGCUGUGCAAGACCAAAUCAAGAGAUGAUGCCCAAAAUAAACUGACGAGAACUCCUUACUACUCAGUUUGAUAGCUGUUGAUUCAAAAGUCAAGUUUUAAAAAUCUAUGACAAGAAAUAUAGAGCAGAAAAGGUUGAAUAAAACACAAGAUAUCCAAUUAGAAAUAAAAAUAAGGUCAGAUUAAUAAAAUACCCACACCAGCACUUUGUGCAAUUCCCUGUGUAACUGACUAUACAGCAGUUAUAAUGGAUGUAAUAAAUAUUUAAGCUGUGUACCCUCUUCAUUUAGAAAUAAUGCAACCUCAAAGCCAGUAAUAAGGAAAAUAAAUUUCUCACAGACCUUGUACUGUAUAAUUAAGGUUAUACUCCAGGCUUUAGUAGAUUGCUUUUUGUCAAUGUUGUACUUGUAUAUUAUGAAUUAUGAAAAGACUGCCCCUCUAGCAGCUAUGGUGUGUAUAAGAUUUGUAUGUCAUUGUCUAAUCAAAGCUCUGGAUAUA